GGAGAACCAUCGUCAUAUAAUCGGUUCCAAGCAGCAUUUAGCUUGGUAUCGAUCCUAUCCUAUCCAGAGUUUAACUUUGUUGAAUCCUGGCAGGGGAGCGCACACGAGGUCGAGGCGAGAGAAUACCAAGUAGAAUACUUAUACUUGAAGUAGAACUCUUCAUUUCAAACACUUAUCGCCCUAAAAAUCGUUAUUUUGAAUCACCAAAAUGCCCCCACCAAGUGACCCUUUACGUGGCUUGCCUGAGGCGUCAUUCGACGGCAGCGGACUCAAAUUAUGGCUUGUUAGAUGACCUUAAGAUGGAACUCGCUAAUAUGUCUAAGAUCAAAAUGGAACUACUGGCAACAGACUGUAGAUGAACAGCAGAUAGUUGCAGCUACAGUAGAUUCUUCUCUAAGUAGACUUGGGAUUGUGUGUGCGAGAUGGAAUCCAGAUAUAUGCGGCUCUCUCCUGGACGGAGCAGUGAAAACCCUUGAGGGCUGUGGCGCUUCAGUAUUUUACAUAUUGAAGAGACACAUGAAGAAAUGCAAAAGCAGAUAAUCAAAAGAAAAGCAAAACCUUGCAACACAUGAAAAAAGACAAUUAACCCUCACUCCCUCCCCUUGCAAUUAGACAAUACCUCGCGAACAGGUAAAUGAAUGAAUGAAUGAAAAAGUUUUAGUUUGCGGUAGAGGCGUGCGUGGUGAUCAGUAAUUAAUUUCCUGAUACAAUAGACGCCACGCACUUUUCAUAGUCGAGCAUUCCGAAACACCAGUACUGCUUAGGUACAAGUCAGAAGUAGCGUAUCGAGAGACACGACUAAAGGUCGUUGUAAAUACAAGGUAACAGUGGAGCGAGUCGCUGGCGCAUAUGAGCUACCGCUUGCGGCUAGCGUAAUGCUGAAAGAGUUUGAUGGGGUCCUGGUUAUCGGCUGCCUCGUAAAAGUUAUGGUGUCCUCUACCUCACGCUCACUACCACCCUUUAAUGAGCACUAGUCUGGGUAAUAUACCGAUGGUCAUGUAUCACUCGGUAAGUUGCAUGUUGUGUUACAUGUGUUCUACUCUCUCGUGUCUAUCAAUAAUACAGGUAUUGUACCCCGUGAAUGUGUUAACUACUACUACUACUAUUCAUCUAACAGUCCCUAUUCCUUUGCAACCAAAGUGAAUAGAAGGUCUUUCACCACUUCCUUCAAUCCUCUUCUAACAAAAGCGAGACCAUGCAUUUUGAGUAUAUCGCAGAAGCGGUGACGCAGGGUGUGAUGCGACUAAACUUGGACCAUCAGAAACCCGUAAUCUAUGGCGUGCUUACAGUCUUAACUACGGCACAGGCGCAAGCUAGAAGUGGGAUGGGCGAAGCCUCAGAAAACAGCGGAGUGGAAUGGGCGAAGACACUCGUGGAAUCUUGCUUGCAUGUGAAAAAAUAUAAGAAGUAGUACUACAUGUUGGUCAUCAGGGCAUGUGCAUGUUUUUGCAGCUUCUCACGCUCAGCAUGACCAGGACGGUUCUUAGCUUCAAUUUUUUUUUAUUGAGCCCACAUUUGUUCUUUUGGGCUGCAGUACUGUGAAUGAAGUUCGUGAAGACAACCAUAACUCAACGACAUGACUACAGAAUUGGUCACGAUCUUGGUGUGGUGUUGACCAAUGUACAUGCUUUGAGACUAUAGCAUUCAGAAAGAUCGCGAACACGCGAGUUUGAAUCUGAAAUCGUACGCGGAUUUUCUUGGAGUCAGUUCUUUGCUUCUGGUGUAAUACAGACACAAGGCGAUGAACCCUCAAACAUCAGUCUCGGUCAUUGGUAUUUGCAAAUGCAGGAGCAACGAU